AUGGCUGCUCUAGCCCUGGAUGUCGCGACAGCGGAGACGAUCCUCAAACUUCAGCUCCAGGAUGUGGACGACGCGCUGGAAGAAGCGUACGAAGAGCUCACCGAAGAUGAAUCAACCGCCUUCAAGAUGAUGCGCGAGGACAUCGGUAACGCCCUUAAGGAAACAGAAGAUCGCCGUAUAGCGACAGUACUUGGACGAGUUGGCUGCAUCGAUCGCGAAGUCCUCGAGAAUGCCUAUGAAGAUGAGCAACAAGCUGUUCAAGACCAUGAUUUCGCAUGUCGUCUGGCGGGUGUCCAGGUAGAUCCAGAGCAUCGCGCAGCAUCGGCCCACUUUCUUAGCGAGACCGCGUCAGUCCUCUCGGCAAUGAACGCGUGCCAACUGAAGGACGAUGAAGGUCCUGAGACAGCGCCUUUUGUUGCAAGAUGUGCUUACUCCGAUGACUCUGCAGGAGAUAGCCAAGUAGAGAAUCAAGAGGAGAAUCAAGAGGAGAUUGAGGAGGCGAUAGAAGAUCUAGCUGCAAAGGAAGUUGAAGAGAUGGCUGAGAGGGUGGAUGAAGACAUGGCUGCAGGAGAGGUUGAGGAGGAGGUCGAAGAAGAGAAAGUGGAAGAAAAGGCCAAAGUAGAGGUUCGAAUUACAUUUAAAGUAAAGGCCGAAGACAAUACGCAUAGGUUUGAAGAAAUGAUCAGGAAGAGGAUCAGAGAUGAGAUCUUAGAAGUGGUCGUGGAAGCGGGAAGGGAAGGGAUCAAGCUGGGGUGCGAAGCGACGAUCAAAUUCAGGAUUGAAGAGGUGAUCACAGAGACCGAAGCUACAGUCUGCUACGCAUGCGCUGCCUGCACUGAGGUUAGGCCCAAGGUGGAAUGCCUGCUACUGGGCUGCCAACCGGAGCCUCAUGCCUACUGCAGCGAGUGCCUAAUCAACCUAUUCAAGACCUCCAUAUGCGACACGACACUCUUCCCUCCACGUUGUUGUCGAGAGACAAUCCCACUCGAUGCCGCAAAGCCCUUUCUCACACACGAUUCCAUCAAGGCCUUCGAAGAGAAGUCACUUGAAUUAUCAACUCCAAAUCCAAUUUACUGCUCGCAACCGGGUUGUUCCCACUUCAUACCCCCGAACUAUGUCGAAGAUGGCGCAGCCGUGUGCUCCGCAUGCGCGACUAGAACAUGCACAAACUGCAGGAAGGGUGCACACGACGGCAUAUGUCUAGAGGAAUCCAACGUGCAAGAACUCCUGAGGAUCGCACGCGACAAACGUUGGCAGCGUUGCUACAACUGCCACAUAAUGGUGGAGCUGGCAGAUGGUUGCCACCACAUGACGUACGUACAAUGCAUGCCAAUUAUUGGCGUUGCUUAUGUUGGCACGAAGCCUAGCUAA